UCCGUUCAUCAGUUCAUGCUCAUUUGAAAGCGUCCCUCACCUAUACGGAAAAAAAACGUCGUGUUUAGAGACUGUGCAUACUACAAGAUCAUUAUGUUCAAGUUCCUCCAAGAAUUAUCGAUAUGGCUUUUGACCCAUGUAUUUCUCGCUACAAUUGGUGGUUCUUCUCAAGACCUUACCGGGAAUUGCUCUUUUGAUCAAAAAACGUUGUGCAACUGGCGGAAUGAAAGAGGCAUGGAUCAUUUUGAUUGGCUACUCCGGCAAGGGGCUACUCCUAGUCUUAACACAGGACCUAGCAAAGACCAUUCAGGAAAUGGCUCGUACAUUUACAUCGAAACGUCACUUCCACGUAGAUAUCACGAGAGGGCCAAGUUAUACAGUCCUUGGAUGAGAGGCAACCAGCGGUUAACGUUUUUCUACUCCAUGUACGGCAGCGCCGUUGAGACUCUGUCUGUCUAUGUUAGAGAUCAGGCGGGAAAAGAAUUUAGGGUAUGGAGCAGUCACGGAGGAAAACUUUCCAGCAGCUGGACUGAGGGCUGUACGACCUUGAAUUACACCGGAAGCUACCAGGUCGUAAUUGAGGGUAUGGCAGGCGCAAGUUUCACAGCUGAUAUUGCCAUUGAUGAUAUUAGUUUCAGCACAAAUUUAACGUGCGUCUCUCCUGAGAAUAUAAUGCCAGCUGGGGCAUUUCAAGUGAACUGUACUUUUGAUGAGGGUUUCUGCGGAUGGCGCAACUUGAAUUUCACCGGAGACCAAAUGGAUUGGGUACUAAGAAGACAUGGAACACCAAGCCAAGGGACUGGACCGACCGAAGACCACACAGGAGGUGGAAAAUAUAUCCACAUCGAAGCGUCACGCCCGGCAAAACAACAUCAGUUUGCAGAACUGCUGAGUCCGUUCAUCUGGGGACCAAAAUGUUUACACUUCUUUUAUCACAUGUAUGGAUUACAUAUGGGAAGACUUGAAGUAUUUGUGAGGGCUGCAGGUCAACCACAAAGUUACCUGACUUGGCAAAGGACUGGAAACCAAGGCAACCAGUGGAGAAAGGCCGUUGUCGAUAUACCUAAUGUGGACGAGUUUCAGGUAGCGCUACGAGGAGUCGUUGGCCCUAGUUACCAGGGGGACGUGGCAGUCGAUGAUGUGAUAUUGACGGAUGGAACGUGUGCAAAUCGUACCGAAACGUCAGGCGAACAGUUAGGAAAUUGCAACUUUGAUUCCCAUUUUUGCUUUUGGAAGCCAGAUACCAAGGCAGAUUUUCAAUGGUCAAUCGGAAGAUUUACUCCGAGUGUUAAUACUGGGCCAAGAGCUGAUCAUACAUCAGGAUUUGGAAAGUUCCUUUAUAUCGAGGCUUCAGCUCCUAGAAGCCGUGGAGACACAGCGAGGCUUGAGAGUCCGUGGAUGCUGGGACCACAGUGCAUGACAUUUUAUUAUCACAUGUUUGGCUCCACCAUGAGCUGUGUUGUUAUCUACGUACGGAACCAAAAUGAAAACAGGAUUAAACCGGUUUGGCUUAAAUCCGAGAAUAAAGGAGAUCAAUGGAUACGCGAGCAAAUUAGUCUCAACGAGACAGGACAGUAUAAAGUAGUCAUAGAUGGUAUCAGAGGCAGAAGUUACUCCGGAGAUGCAGCACUUGACGACCUCACAUUCCAAAGGGGAACUUGUUUCCAAAGAGAAUCAAACACCUUCUACGUUUCUUCGAACAAAGGCCGAAACUUUCGAAUAGGUUUGCAGCCCUCCGACCACAGCCUUUACUCAGAGGAAUUUCGAUUCACUCUGGAAAAAGCACGGGGAAAUGUGAAAGAGAAACCAUACUUUAUCUACCCUGCAGUGUUGAAGGAAAAAAGUUUCAUCACACCAAAGUUGGAUGUUGUUAAUUACACAAGCUUUCCUCUGGAUGUUGUCGUCCUAAGCAGUGGCACAACGAUUAACGCUCGAAAGAUUUACUUGAUUGACAGAAGUCCGUACAGUCAGAUGAUAAGCCUCGAUAAUCACCGAAAUGACAGUUGCUGUGGGAGAAAAACAGUAUUAUCUUUUUACGCUCUUAAUGUUUCUAAACCAGGCGGUAAUAUAACCUCUGGAUGCGAACCCGGCUGGCACAGAGCCGGUACUUCCUGCUUUCUGUUCUAUUUAAGCUCAACCUUUAAGUGGAGUGACGCACGAAGGCUUUGCCACCAAUCCAACGCCGAUCUUGCCGUUGCCAAGGACGCGUCCACGAUGGACGCUUUAGCCAAUAGGAGAAGAGAGCUAAAAUUUGACACCCGCGGUGGAAUUUAUCUUGGAUUGACCGGUCAAUUCAAUUGGGUCUGGAUAGAUGGACAGGUGGUUUCUAAUAAGCAUAAUCUGUGGGGCCCGAGGGAGCCGAGUGGAGAUGGAAAAUGUGGGUCUUUCUUGAAUGCUAUAAGAUGGUCUUCCAACUGGGUUGGUUAUGGAUGGCGCUGGAACGAUCAAUCGUGCAACAGUGUUAAAGGGUACAUCUGUGAACAGCCAUUCGAUGUUCCUAUGCCAGUGGCUUUCUUUCCUCUGAGAGGUGCUAAUGGAACGGUAGACUUGAGUCCAAAUGGAGCCACUGAAGCUAAGUCCUAUGGCAUUACGUUUGCACCUGGUCCUUUUGGAAAUCCAAAUGGCUCCUUCUUCUUCAGUGGUAUGAAUGACAGUUUCGUGCACCUCGAAAAUAACGGAGAACUUGACACAAGGUUUUCUACUAGUAUUUUUUCUUGGGUGUAUCUCCAAAACUCCACCGGGUUUAUUUACAAGUAUGAAACAGCUUAUGCAUUUUUUACUUGCUCGCUGAAAGUGUUUCAUCAAUCACUUGGUGUUCGAGUGACAUAUAUGGAUAGGAAAACUUUAAAGGCAUACUUUCUCUACAAGAGAAACAUCUUGAAAUUAAACAAAUGGAACUUUAUUGGAACGACAUAUGAUUACCAAACAGGAAUUGCAACUAUUUUUGUCAAUAAUAGUGUUGUCACCCAAAGAGUUCUCAAAGUAAAUAUGGAACUAAGUACGGCUUCAGAGGUGCUGAUUGGAGGUACAAACAGAUGGAAUAGGUUCUUUCGCGGCAGGAUCUCCUGUUUACAAGUUUACAAUCAGGCACUAUCGAUAGGGCAAAUAGUCAAAGUCAAGACAAGGUGUAAUAAAACUGCACCAUUUGCAUGUGGUCCGAAUUUCUUCCAUUUCCAAGGCGGUUGCUUCUCUAUUCACACCCAGAGCGCACUCACAUGGAAUUUCGCUCAAAUAGAAUGCAAUCGAAAAGGUGGUACACUGGCCAAAGUAUCACGGGAAGGCUUAAGGUCUGCUUUAUCUAACAAGCUGGAAGGAAUGAGACCAAAACCGGACAACUUGCAUAUUGGUUUCUUGGCGCGAGAUGACUGGGUUUGGAUUGAUGGCAACCCGUUGAAUGCCUCCCUGUGGAUGCCUGGAUAUCCUUCUGGCUACCAUGGAGUCCAGAGUUGUGCAGUUCUUUCGGCUAUUUCAUCAAGAAUUAGGAACGUAGAUUGCAAAACGUAUAAGAAUGCUCUGUGCUUCAAACGGUCCGAAAAUUCCUUUUCACGUCAAAAUUUGCUCCAAAGCUCGAGUGUUCUGCUACCACAUGAGCUUUCUCUGGCCAUUGAUAGAUCCUUUUCUACAUGCUUUAGGUCAAAAAAGGAGUCCAACCCUUGGUGGCAGGUGACCCUUGUAAAGCCCCUUCACGUUGAAUCUGUUGAGAUCACCGAAAACAUUGACUGCUGUCCACGAGAUAAAGGAAUACUUAACAUUAACGUAUCUACAGAUGAAACCAGUUUACCAUCUUGUACCAAGUCCGUAUCCUAUGGGAAAUCGUGGGAUUAUAAAGUACGCUGUUCUCCUCCGGCGCGGGGACGUUACGUGACAUUGAAAUUGAUUGGUAACAAUGUCACGCUAGUUCUUUGCCAGGUUGUGAUUCGCACAAUUGAGUUUACCAGGGAAAUCCACGGAGUCUGGCGUGAUGCAUGGUAUAACGUUAACUACGACACUAAAAAGGCACCAACUAUGCGCGAAAAUCCUGCUUUCCGAAUUAAACCUCAAAGCCAAAUAAUCUUGCGAGAUUUCGAUGCACCGGUUAACGUGGCAGAAAAGUACAUUCAACGUUUGACUGGUUACUUACAGGCUCCUGAAAGUGGCAAUUACACAUUUUACGUGUCAUGCGAUGAUUUAUGUGAACUAUGGAUGCACGAUGUUACUGAGGAAGGCAUUGAAAGUUUUGACAAGAAGUCAGAAAGGACUGUUUCAAAGCAGCCAAUCAUUACCGUUGAAAGAUGGACUGACCACCAUCAAUGGGACAAGUAUAAAGACCAGCAAACAUCGCAACCAGUCUAUUUGGAAAAAUGCCGCAUUUACCAAAUGGAGGUCUUUAUGAGUGAAAUAGCAGGCCUUGACCACGUAUCUUUGGGCAUGCGUAGACCAAAUGGUGAAUAUGAAAGACCUAUUCCAGGAAGAAGACUAUUUUGGACUAAACCAGGGACACGCAGGCUAGAAUUAACACUCGACAAUCACGAAACAUCUAUAUCAGGCUUUGUUGGUUCGGAAUUGCGCAUUUCGGGAUUUUUCCAGUUCUGUUGCGAUGGUUUGUAUUGCCCAAACUGCCCGUUACAACUGGAUAUCUCAACGCUUGGACAAAAUAUAACAGUAAAUCCAGCAGUGAGCCUGUCUUGUGUGAACACAUCCUUCACGGCUGUAUUUGACACUAUCAAACAGCCAGGGAAUUUCACAGUGAAGGUUGCUUCUUCGUUUCCAAGUAAUCAGGAGAAUAUUAUCAACCUGAGAGUGUUAGGCCAUCUCCAUCUUCAAGCCGUGGUGGUAGAAGAUUGCUAUUUCCAGUCUGGAUAUUGCGGAUGGGCAUACCCUGAGGACAUGUCCAGAAAGUGGAAAUUGUCCGGUGAUAAUACCUUUAUUAACUAUCCAGGUUACUUUGCCUAUGUCGAUUCUUCUUACAAAGCACGGAUGGAGAGUCCGAUAUUACCAUGGAAGCCGUUUCACCGAUCCGUGGGCUUGUGUUUGCGGUUUAAAUAUCUUCUGCCUGCUAAGUCAAAGCCGACCCUUAAGGUUUACCUGCGGGAUCCAAAUAAACGGAAUGUGGUGUUAAUGUGGCACAUGACCGGAAACCACGGUGAAAAAUGGUUACCGGCUCAGGUUGCUUGGCCAGGAGCCAAGGGAAUUCAAGUUAUAUUUGAAGGAGAAGGCGUUCUUGAAAACAAGAUCAACGUUGCAAUUGAUGACAUCACCAUAACUACUGAGAAUUGUUCGCUACGACCCUUCUUUGCACAGCCAGGUUUCAAGUGUAGCGAUGACCAGUUCACCUGCAAGAAUGGCGAGUGCGUCAAGAAGAAUUUGUUGUGUGAUGGCGAUUUUGCCUGUAAAGAUCAUUCAGAUGAAGAGAAUUGUGAGUGUCCAUCCAGUAAGUUCGCUUGUCAAGGAGGAGGAUGUCUGCUAGCAACGGCUGUGUGUGACGGUAACGAGGACUGUGCCGAAGGUGACGACGAAAAAAACUGUCGUAAUCCAUGUCCUUCUAGCCACCAAUGCCUUGAUGGAUCGUGCAUUUCUUGGUCAGAUACUUGUAGUCAAACACCCUUCUGCAAGGACGCAACUAACACACCAUCUGUGUGCGGUUCUGGCAGGUGCACUCUUAACGAUUUAGCUUGUACCUCCAAAAAUACCACAGCCCAAAAGAGAUGCAGAUCUUUCAGAGGUAUCUGCAACUUUCAAACAGGCCGCUGUGGAUUAAAGCCUGACAAGAAUGCUACUUUUCAAUGGACCGUGGGCUCUGGCCAGACGCUAACGGAAAGAACUGGGCCGAGUUAUGAUCACACAUCGUUCAGCGAGGAUGGUUCUUAUAUCUAUAUCGAAGCUUCUCGAAGAAACUUUGGAGACGAGGCAAGAUUACUGAGCGACUGGAUGGAACCUAAUGAAACAGUUUGCGUUAAGUUCUGGUUUCACAUGCACGGGCCGGACAUUGGUAAUCUGAGUAUCUACCUCAAAACUAACCAAUCAGAAACGCUUGUUUGGAUGGUGUCGGGAGAUCAAGGAAACCGCUGGAGAUUUGGUCAAACGAGUCUGAAAAGCACCCAUUGGUCUAAAAUUGUACUAGAAGGAACAGUUGGUACUGGAAGUAAAGGCGAUAUUGCAGUAGAUGAUUUCUCGGUGUUGGACGGAGCAUGUGAGAAAAUUUUAAAACAAACGAGUCCAGACUGCUAUUUCGAAGGGAGUAUGUGCGAUUGGCACGUUCAUGAUGGAUGGGUUCUGAAUACUCAUGUAGCGGGAAUGGGAAAGCGAGUAGGAUACGCUUCUCUUCCGGCCAGAGUAUCAGAACUGUUCUCUUUUCUCUCAUCUCCUAUCAUCAACACAAAUGCCUACGAAUGGAAAUGCCUUCGCUUCUGGUAUCUCAUCGCCGACAUAGCUCACGUUCAAGUUCAACUCUGGAGCAGGACGUCACUAACUGUGUUCUUAAGCAACGCAAAGACGAACAAAACUCAACUGCUUUUUCAUGCGGAAGAGGCGACCAACGCAUGGCAAUAUGUACAGCUACCGAUACCAAUCAACUCAACUCAAAUUCAGAUUCUGUUUAUUGGUAUCAAAAGAUUCUCUCCUGGACCAUUUUUAGCCAUCGAUGAUGUUUCUUUCACCAAAGAACCUUGCAAACUAAUUCCUUGGAGUUCUGAUUGUCAAAAGCCUCUUGGCAUGGAGAAUGGAGCUAUCUCCGACUUACAAAUUUCUGCAUCUUCGCAAUGGGAUGCCCAUCAUGCCCCUCCCCAGGGGAGAUUACAUUUUAAACGAUCAGGCGUUAAACAAGGUUCUUGGUCAGCCAGAGUAAACGACGGUGACCAAUGGCUCCAGGUCGAUCUGGGAAGUCAGUACACGAAGGUAACGGGAGUAGCAACACAAGGAAGGAAUGGUCAUCCUCAGUGGGUAAAAAAAUACAAGCUGCAGUAUAGCGAGGAUGGAGUAAGCUUCCAGUAUUACAAGGAACCAGCAGAUACUGAAGAGAAGGUAUUUGAUGGAAAUACGAAUAUGGACAGUGUUGUUUUUCAUCAAGUUGAUCCACCUAUCAUAGCACGUGUAAUCCGCUUUCGACCGAUAGCUUGGAAAGGCCACAUCUCCAUGAGAGUGGAGCUCUAUGGCUGUAAAGCUGACAGCUCCUGUGACAUAUCGCAAGAUUGGUGUGGAUGGAAAAGCAUUCAUGGCUGGAAGCGACUCAAACACAACGAGCUUGACCAUGUCUAUCAGGACAAAGGUGGUGAUACCAACAAUGACGAACAAGGCGGUGUUGCUGACUCAGACGACUCAACUGGUUUUGGACUUUUUGAUCCAGAAAACUACGAGAUUCAGCUUCCUGAUUUUGAUCUCGGCUAUGUGUCAUUCUCUGGUAUUUCACCCCUCCUGAGGGGUUUCACGCUCUGCUUUUGGAUAAAGACCACUCACGAUGGUUUUUUCAUCGAAUAUAAAGUCCCCCGGGAGCAAGGUGAAUCGCUGCAAUUGGGAUGCUACGUCGGUAACGAAACCAUAAAAUUACAGCUGAAAAACACGAGGAGCAAAAUAUCGACAGGCGUGGCAGAUGACAUGUGGCACCACGUGUGUGUAUUGUUGAAUAACCACGUAGGGCUGAUGGAGGUGUUCAAAGAUGGCGAGAGAAAAUAUAGUUCAUUUGGACUUCAAUUUUUUUUUCAGAUUGAAGGAGGAGGAACCAUGACUAUCGGGUUUAGAAAUUCUAGUGAGAAUGCGUCAAUUGCUUUGGGUGCAUUAAGUGGAUUCAAUCUUUGGGGUCAUGCAAUGCCCGUUGAGGAAAUACUGCGCAUGUCAUUUGGAUGUAACAGUGAAGAAGGUGACGUGAAGGCAUGGAAAACGGUCAGAAAUGGGUUGCAGAAAGAAGUGGCGGUAAAAUGGUUUCGAACCUGCAGAGAUAGAGGAGGUGGCCGACUUUUAGUGGAUACCAACGUCACCAACUUCAACCAGUCCGCUAUUCUUGUGAGCCCACUAUACAAUAGAUCACGUGACUGGUAUGGUGAUUGCCUAAAAUUUCGUUAUAUGCUACGUGGGCCUGGGAAGAAGACACUUUCAAUCUAUUGGAAGACAAAAACCUACCGUGAAAUUCCAAUCUGGAUUUCGAAUCGCAACACCGGCAGGAACUGGCUUUAUGGACAAGUUCCUUUGAACUCUCUUUCUGAGUUUCAGGUGUCGAUACAAGGUAAAACAGAGACAAGGGAAGACUUGAUAGCAUUAACAGGACUGUACAUUGAGGAGGGAAACCGUUGUGAAGAAAAACCUUGGUCAGCGAAAAGCGCCUGUAGCGAAACAUUGACCAACAAGUCAGGAUAUUUCUUCUCGCCUUCAUACCCAGGACACUCUCCUUAUGACAUUCUCUGUAGUUGGGUUAUUGCCGUCCCACCCCGUCAUAUAAUUAAUUUGCAGUUCCAAGAAUUCAGACUCAGAGAUCACCCCACGUGUGAUAAAUGUUUUGUGGAAGUUUUUGACGGAAGUGAGAGGACAUCCUUGGGCAAGUUCUGCGGCUAUUUGUUCCCUCCAAAUUUCCUAUCUUCCUCGAAUCAUUUAACAGUCGUCUUGAGCUGCCAAGGAAAUUUGCCUUUAGCCCGAUUCAAGGCCUUGUACCACUCUGUUUCAGCCAACGACAAUGACGGACUUUCCUGUUCACGUCAGCAAGGUUGUCCGUCGAGCUGCAAAUGUGAAGAUUUCAGCUAUGACAAAGACAAGAGGAUUCAAGUAACUGGGGUAGACUUGCUCAGUGUUCCAAGAAAUCUUCCCUCCAAUACUGGAGCUGUGUUUUUCAAGAAUAAUCGGAUAUCCCAGUUGCAGGAAAAGGCCUUUUCAGAUCUUAAAAAGCUGGAAUAUAUUGACAUGAGUUUCAAUAUUCUACUUCGCCUCAGUGAAAACUGCUUUCAAAAUGUCUCAUCCGUCAAAACAAUGCGACUAAACUCCAAUUUUUUAAGAUCUCUUCCCGACGGAGUUUUCCAUGGAAUUCCUAAUCUACUUGUUCUUGAUUUGGGAAAAAACCUUCUACGAAAACCAAUGAAAAGAAUGCUGGACGGACUAUCAAGUAUAGAAGUUUUGGGCUUGCGUUCAAAUCAGAUUGAGCGAAUGGAAUAUGGUGUUUUUGAAAACAAAAGCAAUAUGACUCAUUUAUACCUCCAGAACAACAAGUUAACAACACUACCAGAGGGCCUGUUUGAAGAUCUUUCAAAGCUGAAAGUAUUAGACCUAAGUGGUAACAAGCUAACAACAGUCACAAAGGGAACUUUCAAAGGACUCAAGUCUUUGGAACAUUUGUAUCUCGACAAUAAUAAACUAUCCGAUGUACCUUCCGAUGCAUUCAGUGAACUUGGAAACUUGGAGUAUUUGAAACUCGACCGCUUCAUUUUGUGUUGCUACGCUAAGAAAUCAAUUGCAGGAGUUGAUUGCAAUUCUCCAGUCGAUGAAUUUUCCAGCUGUGACGACCUCAUGAAAAACAAACCAGUUCAGGUUUGUAUCUGGAUUCUUGGAAUGCUCGCUUUCCUUGGAAACCUACUUGUUAUUCUAUGGCGUACUAUUGAUAAAGAGGAGAACAGGGUUCAGUCCUGUCUGCUGACUAACUUGGCCGCUGCUGAUCUGUUGAUGGGCGUGUAUCUAUUAACUAUCGCUAUUAUGGACUUGAGAUGGCAAGGGGAGUACUUUAAGCAUGACAUCGAAUGGAGAUCUGGCAUGGGUUGCCAAAUGGUCGGAGCUCUUUCGAUGCUUUCCAGUGAAGUGUCUGUCCUGAUUCUCACCAUUAUAACCAUAGACCGACUAAUAUGCAUCGUCUUCCCGUUCAAGUUUAAGCGACUUACUUACAAAACCGCCCUCCUUUCCUGCAUGGGUGUAUGGAUAUUUGGCAUAGUCAUAUCUGUGAUUCCUAUCACCGGAAUAAAUUACUUUUAUGAUGAAAGCGGAGAUUUCGGCUUCUAUAGUCGCUCUGCUGUUUGCCUUCCUCUUCAGCUUUCAGAGGGUACACCUGCUGGUUGGGAAUACUCCGUGACAAUCUUUGUUUGCCUCAACUUCAUUUCCUUCACAUUUAUCCUCGUCGCGUAUACGGCGAUGUUUUGGACGGUAAAGUGGGCUGCACGUGCAGCGCGAUCGACGAAUUUCAAAAAAGAAUCUGCGAUGGCCAAGAGACUUGUUUUCAUCGUGAUGACAGACUUCUGCUGUUGGAUGCCAAUCAUUAUAAUCAAUGUUUUAUCUCUGACUGGAAAUUUUGAGGAUCCAAACAAAAUCGCUUACGUAUGGAUUGCAGUAUUUGUUCUUCCGUUGAACUCUUCCCUGAAUCCAAUCCUGUAUACAUUUUCCACCCAGCGAACAAAACGUAGCUUAACCAAAAGAAGAAAAAAUGUCACCGGUAUGGUCAUGAAGACAUUAAACUACCGUAUGCCAGGUCGGAAGCAAACAGUCGAUUGGUUGAAAACAUCAGAUGAUGCGACUUUGGUUUCCAGUGUCAUCGCCUAUUCCAGUCCACUGCCAUCACAAAUGACAGAAAAACAUGAAUGUAAACAUACCGUGCACGCUAAACUAAAGCUGAUUGAAGAGGUGGAUAUUCUGCAAGACGACACUGCUGGAAAACCUGCCACUGGUUACGCUGUAGCAUGGUCUGAGGAAGGAGACAUUUUAAACAUGGUGUUACUGAAGUAUUUCGCAAAAGAACACAAACAAGACUGGAUUCGUGAAGUAGAUGUGGCAAAACGCCUGUGUAAUGAUAGUGAAGAAUUACCUGUCCUUCUCAAUUACCGUUGGCAUUCUAAAGCCCGUGACCAUAAUAUCGAACACGGGAAAGUGAAGAUCCGCGAGUUACAAUCGAACAGUUUACUUAUUUGCUACGAUUUUGUGUCGAGUUCGACAUUACAAGAUUUUCUUUGCGACAAAGGAACUGUCCUCAACUUUGAUGCGGUUUGUGCCAUCGCCUGUGACAUCAUCAGCGCUAUAGAGCGACUACAGGAACUUGGGAUUGUCCAUAACAACGUGACAACAAGCAAUAUUUUGAUCAGUCAUUGCUUAAGGCUUCCCCCUGUUAGAGCAGUCUUGGGUGGACUGUCUCGAGCGUCCAAGGAGAACGAACCUGGUUCGUUUGCAAACUGGGGAGCAGAUGAGCAGAGUGAUCAUGGCAAGGAUAUUGAGCAGUUCGGACAGUUGAUAGCUACCUUAUUAGGACACUGUCAUGGGUCCAGUGAAUACAUUCAGUUGCAUGAAAUCAUGAACCUGUGUUUCGAAGAAACCGCAGAAAACAGACCUAAAGCGUCUUACAUCAGGGAAGUGUUGGAAGAGCUUCGGUACUGCGUUGGAGUCUGGGAUACGUGUUUAUAAAUGGAAAGAGCUUAGGACACAUUUGUUUUACUGAAUACAAAUAUUAUCUCCAGACGGACUAGUCUCAUAUUAUUCUUCUGUAAAUAUUCAUGCUCAUUGGAUUAAAGCUUAUCUUAAAAAAACUGUUCAUAUAUGCAAUGCAAUAGGUCACACUCAAGCAUAUUCAAUUAUUAGAUUUGGUACAGCAUUGUUUUACCAAAUACAAAUCUUAUCUCCAGACUGACAAUAUUUGUAUUAUUUCGUUAUAAAUAUUUACCCACUCGGUAGGAUAUUCAAAAUAUUGCAGCUGAUUGUAAUAAACCAUAUAUGUAUCUUUAUUGAGUCCUUCAAUGACAUGUGCAUUAUUAACGUUUGGGUGCAAAGUGUGUAGGAUGCGUAUGCAUCAAAAG